GCAGCAGCAGUCGCCUCCAACCACCUGGGUGCAUUUGAGGAACAGGAACCAAUAUUGCGCUACAUCCAAGUGCUUAACUGAGUGGCAGUGAAUCGAAUUGGCCGCUAAGUAAGCGGCAUUAAGUGCGUAAAAAUCGAUAAUAGAACAGUUCCUUGUGCUCCGCCCACCUGGGGUCACCUGGUGGAAUCUCCUCCUUCUAGUCCCUGCUGCGUUCGUCGAAGCCAAAAGUCGGAGCACUUUCACACACCCGCUGAGCCGCUGAUAAUGCCAAUGCACAUCCCGUUUCCGUUUAAUUGGAUACCCACUCUGCCAGUCGCCCGAUGCCAAGAAUCUCCGUCGCUUUUGAAGCGCGCCGGCACCGAAAAGUUGCGAGAGGUGUUCCAGAAGUACGCCUCCAUCCAGAAGAAUGGCGAGCACUAUAUGACCAGCGAGGACUUCGUGCGAAAGUUCCUAGGACUCUUUUCCGAAUCUGCAUUUAAUGACGAAUCGGUGCGCCUGCUGGCCAACAUUGCAGACACGAGCAAGGAUGGACUCAUCUCCUUCUCGGAGUUCCAGGCCUUCGAGGGUCUGCUCUGCACCCCAGAUGCCCUCUACAGGACCGCUUUCCAGCUGUUCGACCGCAAGGGCAACGGCACUGUUUCCUAUGCUGACUUCGCUGAUGUCGUACAAAAAACUGAACUGCACUCAAAGAUACCUUUUAGCUUAGAUGGCCCCUUUAUCAAGCGCUACUUUGGUGAUAAGAAGCAACGCCUUAUCAAUUAUGCUGAGUUCACGCAGCUGCUGCACGACUUUCACGAGGAGCACGCGAUGGAGGCCUUCCGCAGCAAGGAUCCAGCUGGCACGGGGUUCAUCUCGCCCUUGGACUUCCAGGACAUCAUAGUUAAUGUUAAGCGGCAUUUACUGACCCCCGGCGUCAGGGACAAUCUAGUUUCGGUAACUGAGGGUCACAAAGUGAGCUUCCCGUAUUUCAUCGCAUUUACCUCGCUGCUGAACAACAUGGAACUGAUCAAACAAGUCUACCUGCACGCCACCGAGGGCAGUCGCACGGAUAUGAUCACCAAGGAUCAGAUCCUCCUCGCCGCCCAGACGAUGAGCCAAAUCACGCCGCUGGAGAUCGACAUCCUUUUCCACCUGGCGGGCGCCGUCCAUCAAGCAGGCCGCAUCGACUAUAGUGACCUGAGCAACAUCGCACCCGAGCACUACACGAAGCAUAUGACACAUCGUCUGGCGGAGAUCAAGGCGGUGGAGAGUCCUGCGGACCGAUCUGCCUUUAUUCAGGUCCUGGAGAGCUCUUACCGUUUUACCCUCGGUUCCUUUGCCGGCGCUGUGGGCGCCACUGUGGUAUACCCCAUCGAUCUAGUCAAGACUCGAAUGCAGAACCAGCGAGCGGGUUCCUAUAUUGGUGAAGUUGCAUAUCGAAACUCAUGGGACUGCUUCAAAAAGGUGGUUCGGCACGAGGGAUUCAUGGGUCUCUACAGAGGUCUCCUGCCCCAGCUAAUGGGCGUGGCCCCCGAGAAAGCCAUCAAGCUGACGGUAAAUGAUUUGGUGAGGGACAAACUCACCGACAAGAAGGGUAACAUUUCCACAUGGGCUGAGGUUCUGGCUGGUGGAUGUGCCGGUGCCUCGCAGGUAGUGUUCACCAAUCCCCUGGAAAUUGUGAAGAUCCGUCUCCAGGUGGCGGGAGAGAUCGCUAGUGGGAGCAAGAUCCGCGCGUGGUCGGUGGUCAGGGAACUGGGACUCUUUGGGCUCUACAAGGGAGCCAGAGCCUGUCUCCUCCGCGAUGUGCCGUUCUCGGCCAUCUACUUCCCGACAUACGCCCACACCAAGGCCAUGAUGGCCGACAAGGACGGAUACAAUCACCCGCUUACCCUGCUGGCUGCUGGUGCCAUUGCCGGUGUUCCGGCCGCCUCCCUUGUCACGCCCGCCGACGUCAUCAAGACCCGCCUCCAGGUGGUUGCCCGAUCCGGACAGACCACCUACACCGGCGUAUGGGAUGCCACCAAGAAGAUCAUGGCCGAAGAGGGACCCAGAGCCUUCUGGAAGGGCACAGCCGCUCGAGUGUUCCGCUCCUCACCACAGUUCGGUGUGACCCUGGUGACCUACGAACUGCUGCAGCGCCUCUUCUACGUGGACUUCGGAGGCACCCAGCCCAAGGGAUCCGAGGCGCACAAGAUCACCACUCCGCUGGAACAGGCGGCGGCGUCGGUGACCACCGAGAACUUGGACCAUAUCGGUGGCUACCGGGCGGCAGUUCCUCUUCUGGCGGGAGUGGAGUCCAAGUUCGGGUUGUACCUGCCGCGAUUUGGACGCGGAGUAGCCGCUGCCACGCCCUCGACGGCCACAGGAUCCUGAUUAUACUGGCGCCACCGCCUGCCAAGCGCCACGUAGUCUACGGAAUGCAGAAGGGAUUGGCGGGAUUGGGCUCCGGUGGACAGACAUAUGGGAUAUAUUUUUUGCUAUAGUACUAUUGUAUCUGAACAGCCGGGUUCGCACCCUGGGCGCCCAACUGUGAGCAACUGUUUUUACCACACCCAGUAAAAACCAAAAGAAAAGUAAUGAAAAGCCCAUUUGAGAGUAUAGAAUAUCGGGUUUGGCCAUGGUGCGUAUAUAUUUAGGCAAGUGUAGAACUGUUUUUGUAAACUUUGUUAACUAGUUUAAAGUCUAGAGCAUCAACCAAUCACUGAACGUCAACUUUUGCACUCAAUGUAACUAUUAACGCGAUAAAACCUUUUAAUCUUAGUACGAAUUUGUUCAAAACAAUUAUCAAGCAAAGGAAAUGCAAUGAAUGACCUCUUAGCUAAUAAUGAAUAAUUAAAUAAAACUCAAUGUUAAAAACAA